AUGGACAACUAUAUUUGUGUGGAUCCGCUUUCAAGCAGGCCUAUUGACUGCUGGAAAAAGUACCGACGACAGGGACGGGUCUCGGAACCGGCUAAAACACUGAGGCUUGACACUCCGGUCUUCGAUAACAAAGUCAGAUUCGUCUGUAUUUCUGAUACACACGAAAGAUUAGAUGAGUUUUUGCCAGCCAUCCCUGAUGGAGAUGUGCUGAUCCAUGCUGGAGACUUCACUAACUAUGGCGAUCUCGGGGAGGUCAUCAAAUUUAACGCCGAAAUCGGUCAACUUCCGCACAAAUACAAGUUGGUGAUUCCCGGAAAUCAUGAACUCGGUUUUGAAGACGGCGAAGAAAUGAGCGAGAAGCAAAUGGCUGGUCUGAAUAUGCUCGGGAUUAACAAGGCUUAUGAACUGCUCAGUAAUUGCACAUAUCUCUGCGAUCGCUCAACUGAGGUAUACGGUAUAAAAAUCUACGGGACACCAUGGCAUUCAAUGCCUGGAUAUUCUUUUUAUCGUCCACGAGGACAAAAAAUCCUUCACAAAUGGAAUCAGAUUCCUCCCAAAACUGAUGUCCUUAUUACUCAUACACCACCUCUAGGUCAUGGCGAUUUUAAUUCGUGGGAAAAAAUGGAUGGGAUCCUAGCCGGUGACGUUGAGUUAUUGAAUACCGUCGAGCAACGUGUCGUGCCCAAAUACCACGUUUUCGGUCACGUUCACCAGAUGCAUGGCGCGACCACCAACGGCACCACAACAUUCAUCAAUGCAUCGCUUUGUGAUCACAAACUACGCACUGCCUAUGAUCCCAUCAUCUUUGAUCUUCCUCUUCCAUGCGGAGUAACUAAAUAA